UCAUCUCUUAUUAGACCCACGCUAUAUAAACCCAACCUGCCAGCAUGCCGAGCAGUUACGUACUGACUUUAUUCACAGCCGUGGCGGAGUGCAACGAUAUCGUAUUCGACGGUACACACGUGGGCAGAUAUAUUGAUACGCGGAUCCUGUACUUUCAAAAAGGUGCGACUUUAUUUGAGGCACGUCUAGCUGGUGAACCUGUUAUCCUCACAACAUGUUUUAUCUUCAAAUAACGAUACUAUGCAUGGCAAUGGUCCACGUGAUUUGCGAUCUACCACCAGGCACGAGACGCAAUACGUACUUGCCACCAGAGCCGACGAAGGGCUACAAUUAUGACACACCUUCGAUACCUUUCCCCAGGCCUUCCACGACGAGACCACCCUUCUCCUCCACACAGCGUUACCCUAGUCCUAAGCCGACCACAAAGUUCCCACCUAGACCAACUCCCAGCGAAGGGUAUCCACCUCCAGGUCCGAGGCCCACUCCAGAGUUCCCUGAUUAUGGCUCGUCGACCAGGCCCACAGGCAACACCAUAACACCUAGUGGACAUGAUCAUCACCAUCAUGAACCAGGCAUGCCGUUCGACUUCAACUAUGCCGUGAAGGAAGAUGCAUUCGGCAACGACUACUCCCAUAACGCUAUAAGCGACGGCGACAUCGUACGCGGGGAGUACAGAGUCCAGCUUCCAGAUGGAAGGCUACAGAUCGUUCGUUACACAGCUGACUGGAAGCACGGUUUCAGCGCGCAGGUAUCCUACGACGGGAAUCCCCGUUUCGACGUUCCUCGGCCGACCAGCAACUUCGCGGGCUAUUAAACG